AUGUCGGCAGCUUUUGCCAAACUUCUUCCUGAUGUUAACAGUGUGGAUAACAUAAUAACUGUAAUGACUGGAAUUCAAAGCAACGAAAACAAAGAUGAUGUUGUUUUGAAAAUUGCUGAUUUGGCUCGUAGGAGUAAAGAUAUUCUUGAGAAGAAGGCUCCAGAGCUUGAACCUUUUCUGAUCAGAUGUGAGAAUAUGGAGUUUGGAGCUCCCAUGGUCGUUGCUGGAAUUCGAGCUAUGUACGACUCUGCUGUCGUUAAGAACAACGAGCAAAGCACAGACAGAGCGAUUGAGGUUCUUAAGCACUACAUGGACGACGGAACACUCAAAUCAGAACAUCUGAAAUACUGUCUGGAUAUCUUUGUCCCACUCGUCAGAAACGCCGUUUACUAUUGCAGUGAAAAGAAGAAGCAGCCAGCAAUUGGUUUUCAAAUAGCGGAUAAAGCCAUGUCUCUCGUAUUUAACGAAGAUAACUCGAUUGUGUCUUCUCUUCAUUCAGCUUUCCUAUUCCUCUGUGUUGAGGUUAAUAACGCUAAAGCUGCUUUACCUUACAUUUAUUCGCAUGUCAGUGGACUCGUUAAUGAGAACCCUCAAGUAUCGGAGUUCCCAUUGGAUCUUCUACGCAGUACGAAAGUCACAGUAACACAGUUUUUUGAUUCUAAGUAUCUUCUUCAAUAUCUUUAUUAUGCAUCUCUGGUACUCCUGAAUGUGGGCCAGUACCGCCGUGCAAUAAUUUUUCUGGAACACUGCAUAACUUUGCCAAUCAGCAAUCCAAAUGGUUUACAACUGAAUGCUUUCAAGAAGUAUUACAUCGUGUCUUUAAUUUUACAUGGAAGGUUGGAUAUACCUAGCUCAAGAUCAUCUGCUCUAUUGAGAGCAUGGAAAGCAGACCGUAGUGCUCCUUAUUCUCAACUUGUUCAAGCUGCAGGAAAUCCGGAAAAUAGCAUUGAAGAGGUCACAAAAACACUGAAAAGUAAUGCUACCGCAUUCAAUGAGGAUGAGAAUGCGGAACUGGUCCAAGCUUUGAUUGAAACUAUCAAGUAUAAGGCUGUAUUAAAAGUUGCUAAGUCGUUCUCGUCAAUUACUUUAACCAACUUGGCUGCGAGAGCAAAACUUGUCGAUGAAUCUGAUGUUAUCCCGAUUAUAAAUAAACUUGUCAAUUCCGGUGAGCUGAACGCUUCUAUCAGCCCAGAUUCGAAUGUAAUCCAUUUGGAUCUACCCAUUGAAAAUAUAAAUAGAAAGGAUAUUGAUGAAAGAAUUAGAAAACUGGAGUAUAUGUGCGGAGAAGUGAAAAAGAUGGAUUUAGCUGCUCGUCUUAACCCAAUGCUCAUCACACGCAACCUCAAAAACUCCAGUCUUUCCUAUUUCCAAGAUGAUGAAGGCUUGUCAAUGAGCAAUAACCCUAUAGACAUGUAA